AUGGUUAGCUGCGACAACUGCGGUGAGAUAAUCCCCGACAACGGGGAGGGCGAAGUGACGUGUGGGACAUGUGGUGUGGUGCAACAGCUGUACUCUCAAACGGUCGUCGAGGAGUUUUCUGCGUCGUACAGUCAGACCCAGAAGAUCGGUCGACUGAAGGCGUCGGCGUCACAGCCUGAGGGCCGUUCCGGCGCAUCCGGGAGGGGUCAAGACACCCGCGACUUCCAGUACAUCGUGGGCAUCCAGAUGGUGCUGGACAACCUGUGCAAGAUGCUGGUGACGUCGUACGGUUUCUCUAACCAGGUUGAGGUGGAGGCGAAAAACCUGUGGGCGCGUUACCUGUCGUUAGUGGUGGAGAACGACGUUCCCGUGUCUAACAUGUUCUGCGAUCCGUUCACCAAGGGGCUGAAGUACAACGUGGACUUGCACUACCUGAAGCGUUCGUUCCAAAUCCCACCCAAUUUCGAAGCCUUCAAACUUCCGCCACGCCUGCACAAGGUGAUUCGCAGGAUGGGCCAGACCAGUUUCGAGUACGCCACUUUGCUGUGCUUCGGCGUCUUGGAGCAGCAGCGAAAACACGACUCAGACGCCAGUCGCGCGGAGGCCGAUCGUGCUAUGGAGCCACCGGCGUCAGAUGCACCAGCGGGGGACUCGCGGGCGAACAAAAGGCGUUGCGCGACCGCGUACGACUACAGCGAUAUCAAGGCGUUCCUGGAGGGCACUGACAUGCCGAGCGUGCUUGAGGACUUCUUCGCGAACGAGGUGGAGCUGCCCCGUUCGCGCCGUUGCAGCCCCACCGGUUUCCCCAUUAGCAUUCUGAACGCUGAGGUGGCGCAGCGUCAGCUUCCGGUGAUGCCGUGGCUGCCCAACGUGUACCUCUUCCUGGAGCCGGCCAACCCGUACAGAAUCGCGUACAUGAUGGAGGCCCUCUACCGCCAUGACUUUUUGUGGGUGGUGCUGCACGCUUACCCGAACCUCGAGCCCAUCCGGGGCUUCGAGCGUUACCUGGGCAUGUACGGUCCGGUUGCGAGUGCGGACUUGCCCGCUGCCAUCGAGUCCCGGCCUCUGGAACUCCCGGUCCUCUGUGAGGUCGCUAUGGCCCUACGCGUGCCCAACGUAGAAGGUAGGGUGGACUCCCUGUCACGAAACCACCGCCGCCUCCGGAUGGAGCUGAUCAACGACAUCUACGUGGCGCUAAUGUCGAAGUACUUCGGGAAAACCCGGUACACAAACAUGUCCGCGUUCAACAUGUCGUGGAUCGCUCCCCGAAUGGACCUGCAGCUGGUCUGCGGCAUUUUGUUUGCCGCGUUGGUGAAGUGCCGAUACGCCGUGGUUGUGGGCGACAUCGUGCGGUGGGUGAUCCAGGGUCGCAUCCCGCUGCGCAGCAGCGCGAGCCUGCUGUCUAGCAGCAUCCUGCAAGCCGCGUUCCGUGAGGAUCAGGUCAGGGCGCCGCGCAUGAGGUACGCCCCCAGCAAGCAGGAGGAGGCAGCGUACAACCUGUUCACCAACACUAACUCGCCGCAGAGCUCGUUUCACCUUGAGAUCACGGUCUCGCGCCUAAUGGCGUGCGGCGUGUACGGCGACGGGUGCAGCAGUGCGCAGGGAGAGCCGCCCGCUCGGACGCUGCGAUAUAAUGUGCACGGGCUCUGCCGGCGGCUGGUGCACCACCUUCGCCUGCCCAGCAACGUGCUGGCGGUGGCCGACCUGGUGAUUAACCGGGUGACACAGUGCUCCGAGGAGGAAUCGGCGGAAGAUGAGCCCCAAGGUGACGAUGCCAUCAAAGGCAACAUCGGCCGCUUGUUAAGCGUCUACGGCGUCCGCCUCGGCAGGUUCCCAUCUCACGUGUUCGCAGCGGCGUGUCUGCUGGCGGCGUGCCGCAUGCUGUGGCCCGUGUUCCACUACAACGCUCCCGCGUACCCCCGGCGCGCAGCUCCGAGUGAGAGCGGCGGCGACAACCCCGCGUCAGACCCCCAGCCCGACCCAAACGACAACCUGCAGGAAACGCACGUGAUCAGGCGGGAGAGGUUUCCGCAGACGAUCGAAUUCGACAGCACGCGCAUGCGCUGGGUCGUGCGCAUUUCGAAGCCAAAGGAAGUUUGUAAGGCCGCCGGACUCCCGACGGAGUCCGGCCCGCUAAAGGAGCAGGAUCUGAGCCCGGGCCAGCGCCAGUUCUUGGAGCAGAUAAUGCAGAGCAUGCGGCGACCCGCGCUCGUGGAUGCAUUCGGUGUGCCUCAGGCGCCCAGUGCUCCGAAAGCCGUGAGUGCAAUUACCGACAAAGCUGGGUUGUCGGAUCUGGUGCCCGCGGAACCUCCUGCAGCCGACUUUUUGGAGCCCCCUGACGGCAUAUCGCACCACACGUCCGGGACCGAGUUCUUCUUCGAUGCACGUGAUCGCGGCUACGCCAGGGCCGGCACGUGCGCGCUGCUGUGGCUGUUGCACCACCGUCCCACGGAGGCCGUGAGGGCCCUGUCGGAAUACCACACCGCGUGUGACACGAGGCUGCUGCGCCGCAUCGCGGCUGACCAUGCGCUGCGCGUCAAAUCGUCACUGCUGACGAAGAACGUCAUCCGUCUGUACCUCGGUGCCGUCAACCCGGUGGGCCGCGACGAACGCAUAGCGUCUGCUUUGAGGGACGUUUACUAUCGCAACCUGUGGAUUAACAUGGCGGGUAUUUGGAGCGGCUCAGUGGCAAGCUGUUUCGGGCUACGGGAAGAGGACUACACCGCGCCCGGCGCCAUCGACUCCGACGACGAUGAUGAGCAGGAGGAGUCGUCGUUGGCCCUGGAGAUUCGGCGUAAAGUUGUGGCGGAGGACGUCGAGCGCGUUCAGUCGUUGCUGCUCCCGUGUCUGGAGGCUGAUGAGGACAUGGCCAAGCUGAAGUCCGCGCUCCCCCGUAAUCACCAGGUUUUCUACACGGUGACUGAGCUGUUCAGCAGCUACCCGUACUACUCAGGGUGGUCUCCGGAGAAGUCGCUGGAGCUGGAGAACUACCGUCAGCUGGUGAGCAACCAGCGCGAUCAGGUGCUGGGUGCGGUGCAGGAGAUGCUGGCGACGCAGGUCAUCGAGGAGCAAAACGAGACGUGGAGGCAGAUGUCCGACGCCUUGGAGUCCGAGCUGCAGUUAGAGGGCGUCAGCACAAUGGAGUGGCCCGACGUGCUGCAAGAGGUCGACAGCGCGAUCCCGCCAGAGCUAAACCUGCCCGGCUUCGAGGCCGAUUACCGCAGAGCGAUGAGGUCGAUGCUGCCACAGUUCCAGGACAUGGGUACGGUGACGGCGGCGGGUGCCAUGCUGCCGCACCACCCGUGGCGCAACUACGUGUCUCUUAAGAGUAAGUUGCUGCAAGCUGAGCGCCAACGUGUUUGCAGACGAUGUUUCCGUGGCCUACGUACUGACGCUGAAGUGCGCUGCUAA